UCUGACCACGUGCCUGAGAGGCAAGGUGGAUGGCCUUCCCACAGAAGCUGCUCAUCACUAUGCCUGCAGGAGGAGGUUGCCUCGGGGGCACGCUGUGGGCUUUCAUCUUCUUGGGUGUUCUGGCUGGCAUGCUGGUACCCUGGCCACUGGUGGGUGGCUUGGCCAACCCUGUGCUCUUGGAAAGGGGCUGGGGGACACUGCUGGGCUCCCAGCCCCAGGCUGGACUGCCUGGUGGGCUAUCCAGCAGUAACUGGGAGAGUGGCUACUUGCUGGGGAUCAAGAGGCAGAGGAGACUAUAUUGCAACGUGGGCAUUGGCUUUCACCUCCAGGUGCCCCCAGAUGGCAGGAUCAGUGGGACCCAUGAUGAGAAUCCCUACAGUCUUCUGGAAAUUUCAACUGUGGACAGAGGUGUUGUGAGUCUAUUUGGAGUAAGGAGUGCUCUUUUUGUGGCCAUGAAUAGUAAAGGAAGACUUUAUGGAACACCCAGUUUCCAAGAAGAAUGCAAAUUCCGAGAAACGCUCCUGCCCAACAAUUAUAAUGCUUAUGAAUCGGACCUGUACCGAGGGACCUACAUCGCUCUGAGCAAGCAUGGACGAAUAAAGCGUGGCAAUAAGGUGUCCCCCGCCAUGACUGUCACUCAUUUUCUGCCCCGGAUAUGAAGAAACCAGGAAGAAGGCUUACCUGGAGAGGAUAGUUUCUCUGAAUUUUGCACAAAUGAAUAAGCAUCCCUUUUCCACUCCUACCCCCAUGGAUGUCCCUUGAAUCAAGUGUUUUUAGUGUUCACAGAUAUGUGUAUAUCAGGAAAGUGACCAGGAAAUUUCAGCCUUCUUAACAACAUUUGGUUGCCUGUUGCUGCUCCUUCUGUCCCAAUUAUAUGGUUUUCCUGGUGCUUCCUAGAAAUGUCACCCUCUAGACACAGGAAGAGGGCCCCCGUCUCCCAGAAUGGCAAUGGAGUCUUUGCUGUGAUCUUAUACUGUAAUAGAAGGUAUAGAUGUCAGCCAUGGGAUACAAGUACACACAUGGGGCGUGUGUGUGUUUGUGUGCGCAUGUUUAUGCAUACUUAUAUGUCCUUAUAUGUACAGAACAGAGGCAUUUCAAGGCAUUGAAUUUCAUUUCUCCUGGCUUCAUGGCUACAGGAAUCUACCCACAAGUAUGUCACUUGUCAAACGGUCAGGAUUGAUGGAUGCUCUCUGAUAUGACCUCUUCUCUCAACUCUCCACUCAGAGGCCAGUGACUUCACAGCAAGCAGGGAGCAGCUGUCCUGUAAGUCCACGGAGUACAAGGCAAGAGAUUUCAACUAUGAACAGGAGGAAUGGUGAUUAGACACGCAAAGAUUCUUGACUCUAAGGCACUGGAAUGCAUUGCUAAGGAGAGCUGGGGGUAUCUCUUUAAGAGUAAAAGGGGACAACAGCUGCCUAGAAUGGUUGAAACAGACCUGCCUGCAGGCAAAGGGUGAAUUGGAUGGUCCAAAGAGGUCCCUUUCACUGGGAAGACUCUCUUCAGAAUAAAGGCAGGGACAAGGCUUCCUGCCAGUAAUUCUUCUUUGUGUUGAAAUAUAUCGUUUUAACCUGGGAAGGCAAGAUGCCUCAUAUGGUCACCCCCUUUGAAGGAACAAGAAAGGGGCUGGAAAAAAUAGACAUAUAUCAGGACACAAGUGCAAAUACUAUGCAACAGCACCAAUUUCUGGAGUCGUUAGCCUGGAGCUGGUAGAAUGAAUCUCUAGAGGUUCUGUCUUCCCACAUGGUCCAGGGGUUAUAUUAAUUUUACAAAAAAAAAAAAAAAAAAAAGAGCUGCUGACAUCAGCCAAGCUUAAGUUGAACCCUUGUUUGCUAGAAUUCUAUGACAUCCCCUGCCUUUUGAAGUGGAGAUCCCCAAAUCAACUAUAAAUACUGACUCUCAGCCAUCAGAUUCUUACCCUGCUGAAGCACUCCUAAAUCUAAAACCAGAUUGAACCGUAUCAAAGUACAAAACAUUCUCUGCAUAUGUGAACCAGAAAGUUACAGAAUGAUCUGAUAUCCCACCCUGCCGCCAUUUUCUUGACCCCUCCCCCGACCGCAAGACAAUCCCUCAUCUGUUGCAAAUACCUUCAACCUCAGCAUACCUCUCUAUUUGUAGAUGCUCCCAUCUAUAAAUAGAUCUGAGCAGUGGGUAUGUGGACCAAAGAUGGCUCUACAGGACCCAAAGGCAAAAAUCUAUGCUAGCUAUAGUCCUAUCUGUCAAAUGCCAAAGGCAGCCUUGUGUCUGGUCUGUUUGGAGGCAGGGAUCUGGGUGAAAUGACUUCUGGGGGCAUCUUCCAGAUUAUUAAGUCAGUGAUGGUAGAAAGCAUCGUUAUUAGGGAUCUUAAGAUGUGAAUUCAAAAUCUGGGGUUCGGGGAGCACUGGAAUUCUAAAUGAAAGAAUGGCAGCACAAUGCUCCAUGGAAAGGUGGUAGAUCAUCUCAGUUAGGGAAAGAGGGAAAGAUCAUUUCCUGUCUUUUUAUCUUUUUGCAAAAACUUGACUUUAAUGGAAAGAAACUCUAGAGAGUGCCAUAAGAGCCAAAGUUACUUCUAUAUCCUCUUGUAUUCAAGGACAUUGGUUAUUGGAUCCAUAUUGGAUGACUCAAACCCUGACUGGGAGCUGCUUGAGAUAUCAACUUCCCUUUCCCAAUCUAGGAAUGGAUUGAAAAUGAGGCCAGUGAAAAAUGUCCUCUAGAGGAUGCAGUGGUUAAUGAGUUGUCUUUCCUCAGAUAUGUUAGGCAGUCCUGCAGCCAACCUUUGUUUACCUGGGGGAAUUGUAAUGUAAUCUGCAAAUAGCCCAACCACAUUUUAAUAGUCAAAAGUUUACACAUCUCCCUACUAACUGAAUUUAGUAAAACAGACAAUUUAAAUUUCAUCCCCUCUUUCUGGUGAAGGUAAAAAUGUGUCACAUGAUGACUAAGAGGAGGGAGAGAAAUUAGAAACUCAUGUAAUUCAUAAAUUGGAAGUGUGUCACUCUUUGACAUUGACUGUACUGACUUUAGGGUCCUGAGCCCACUCUAAUUCCCUCAGGAUAGAUCAUUGUGGAGGGAUAAGAAUGGGUACCCCAGGAAUAGAUGAGGGGUAUCUCUAUCCUCAUACCUAUCUGUUCUUUAUAUAUACCAUCCUAAUUCCAGCCUAGCCAGUCCCACAGAACCAAAAUGGUUGUUGAGAAGACUGACUCAGCCAUAGGAAGGGAAAGCCAAGGAUGACUUUCCUUCUCUACCGCAGAAGUCCAGUCAGUUAGGGAAAUAUGAUUUAGAUCAUACCUUUCCUAAGUUCUCAAGAAGUCUUCCAGACCCCCGUCAGAGCUGGUUGGCUUCUCUUCUAGCCCUGAGGACAAGGACGUGGUGUUAUUACCUCUCUAGACUCACAAGAUAGUAUAAAGAACAAAACUGUGGGGAUGCUUGACUCUGAUUAUAGAUACACUUUUCCUUAGCUGGGAGCUGGGGAAUUGGUAAUCUUACUAGACAAUUCAAGAAUUGUCUAAAGGCUUUCUAUCUUUAUGAAGACUCAUUGUGAGAAUACCAAAUAACUUUUCUACCUUUUAAAAAUUAUUAUAUCUCAGUCAUGUUUCACACACACACACACACACACACAUCCUCUCCAAUGUCGCCUAUGAGUUUCCUUACUUCAUACAUGUUUCUUUUGUAGAAACUCUUUCAACUAGUUUU